GGGUUGGAUAGCUCCUUAGCCUUGAACUCCCUCAGGCUUGUGAUAUCAUAGAGUUAUGUCAUCUAGCUUUGCCUCUUCGUUCGCGCCCUAUACCCCUCCACCAGAUGACUCUUCCUACCGAUCAGCGCCGUCUUCAAGCUCCAAAGCGCAGUCAUGGUUUCCUGUUCACUCAUCCUCACGAGGAACAGAGAUAUCUUAUCAAUCUGGCGGUCUCCCUACAUUUAACCAUUUGAUGAGUUGGCAUGAGGAUACUCAGGAAGAUGUUCAGCAGAACCAGUGGGAAACGAGUUAUGGAAUGCGUGUGGAUGUUCUAUCAGCCUUUGCAUAUAUCUUGGGUCCGAUCUCAGCUUUGAUAUUACUUGUGCUGGAAACUCAUAACGAUUAUGUUCGAUUUCACGCCUACCAAUCUGCCUUGCUAGUGACACCCCUGCUAUUAGUGCGCAUAUUUGCAUCACUACUCGGGUUUCCUUCAUGGAUGCGGUCAUUCCUCACUAUUUCAUUCGCACUUUCCGCACUUUUCAUGGCCGUACGAGCGUACUUUGGAGCUUCUCGCGGAGGUCUCACACGUUAUCAUAUCCCAAUAAUUGGGCCACUCGCUGAGAGAUGGGUCUUCGAGGAAUGAGCUAUUCUCCUCCGC